GGAGCUUCGCUUGUGGCUGCUGGGCCUUCCACUGCACCGCGUUUGCGCCGAGAGUUUGAGCCAGCUCUUCCUCCUGGCGAGCAUUGUCUUGUCCUGCAGCGUUUGCCUGGCGGGCCUCCAAGAGCGCGUGCUGUAUGUUCCCGGCUUCCGGUACACAGGAUGGCUGGCACUUAUCACUUCUGUUUCAUACACCGGCUUCUCCCUUGUCGAACGACGCUGCGAAGCCGACAGGCAACUUCACGGUUCCGCCAAUGACUACCUGAAGCUGUCAUUGCUGACCAUGUGCGGGAUGUACUGCACGAAUUUCAGUCUACACUAUCUCAGUUAUCCUCUCCGGGUUGUGUUCAAAUCGAGCAAGCUCAUCCCUGUCAUGGUGCUGAGUGUGCUGUACCUGAAGAAGCGGUACACCGUCUCUCAAUACAUGGCCGUGGUUCUGCUGACUGCAGGCGUCAUUGUCUUUACGUUGGGUGAUGCGAAAGGCAAAGCUCUUUUCGACCCUGUUGGCAUCGUUUUCAUUUGUGUGGGUUCUUUGGCCGAUGCGAUGGCUGCCAGCUAUGAGGAAAAGCGUUUUUUCGUCCAGAUGGGCUGUUCGGCAAACGAGGUGGUACUUUUCAGCAACCUUCUCGGCAGUGUUUGGGCCGUGAUCGCCUCACUGCUCACAGGGGAGCUGCUCUCUGCUGUACGUCACUCUGCGGACCAUUGGGAGACAGUGCCAAUGAUUGUUUUCGCCUCCCUCUUUGGCUACGUGGCGCAGAGCGGAGUCCUGCUGCUUAUCAAGCACUUCGGGGCCACGGUCUCGGAGAUUGUCAAGAGCUGUCGAAAAGUGACGACCAUUUGCGUGUCGUUUCUCGUCUUUGGGAAGCCGUGGAACGGCUACCACAUGGCCGGGCUUCUGCUUUUUGUUUGCUCCGUCUCGGCCGAGCGCUUCGGCGCAGGCGGCUCCUCGAGGCGCUUCGCCGUGCUUCUCUUGACCAGCUCCUCUUUCAUCGUCCUGCGCUUUCUGGCUGGUGGUUUUGGGCCUUCGGCUUUCAGUGUGGUGAUCGAUGCGGGCUCAGCCGCCACCCGGCUGAAUGUUUUCCGCUUCGAUGCUUGGACCAUGAAGCUCCUCGACAUCGACGGCCGGGCUCAGGUCUUUCUGGAGGAAGAACCUGGCAUCAGCGAUCUGUUUGAAAAUGCCAGCGCUUUGCAGCAGCAAAUGGAAAGGCUGUUGGAUGCGGCGGUGGCAGCGGUGCCUCACGCACAAAGAGGCGUGACACCACUGUCCGUACGCGCAACGACCUCCCUUGAGCAACUGGACAUGGACCAGGUCCAAGACCUCAUGGAGGGAAUGAAGCACAUUGUGUCCCAUGCUGGCUUCAAGGACGGUGGCGUACAAGCCAUGUCUGGGGAUGCAGAGGCAGCCGCCGAGUGGCUCACGGUGAACAUGCUCAUGAGCGUCUUCAAACCUGGCAUGCAAGGGGUCCGAGAUCCAGUAGCCGUGAUGGACCUCGGAGGGGCGACCCUGCAGAUGGCCUACUACCUGGCAGAUCACGACGUCUCCAGGGCGAAACGGCAGCUGCUGGACGCCUACAUCCAGAGGAUCAACUUGCCUUUCGGAAGUGGAAAUGUCCAUGUCUACAGGCACAGCUACAUCGGCUACGGGUUGAUCACUGCCAAAGUGAAGAGCUUCAAACACGCUGAGAAGGCUGGCUUUGCGCUGGAAAGACAUCCUUGCCUACCCCAUGCUGCGAGAGCAUCCAUGCGUGACUAUCGCACGCAGCUCGAGGCCAAAGGAGCUCUCGAUAAGCCGGCGUGCGUCGAAUUAGUUGACUACCUUCUGCGAAAAGAUCUUCCAUGCUUGCAAGAGCCGGGGCGCAAGGAGCAGUUUCUGGGAAGAGCUAGCAACCCCGCUUUCGGCAACUGCAGCUUUGCCGGAGUCUGGGCUGGCCCGGGCACAGGUUCACAGCGCGUGGUCCUGAAGUCUUAUUUCUAUGACCGGAUGCGUGAUGCAUCCGUCAUCGCCCCUGGCGUCCUCUCAGCACCGGUUCAGGCCGGCACCUUCGCCGUGCAAGCAGAUCGUGCAUGCUCGGCCGCAGCCCAAUCAAUCGAAGCGUUGGCACAAGAGUUCCCUGGCCUCUCAAAGGCGGGCUUGCAGAAAGGCUGGAGGUGA